AUGGCAGCUGAGGAAGAUAAAAGCGAAGAUUUUUACGCCGUUUUGGGGUUGAACAAAGAUUGCACGACGUUAGAGCUGAGGAACGCGUACAAGAAGCUUGCAAUGAAAUGGCACCCUGAUCGCUGUUUUUCUGCUUCUGGGAACCCAAAUUAUGUCGAGGAGGCAAAGAAAAAAUUUCAAGCUAUCCAGCAAGCCUAUUCUGUGCUCUCGGAUGCCAACAAAAGGUUUCUGUACGAUGUAGGAGUCUAUGACUGCGACGAUGAUGAUGACGAACACGGUAUGGGUGACUUCUUGAAUGAAAUGGCUGCAAUGAUGAGCCAGAAUAAUCUCAGUGAAAAUAAAAACGAGACUUUUCAAGAAUUGCAAGAGCUCUUUGAUGAGAUAUUCCACGGUGACACUGAGUUGUUUGAGUGUUCUACUCGUUCGGUCACACCUCCAACUCAGUUAUCUUCACAAGAUUCGUGCAACGAGCCUUCUUUUUCCAUCUCAAACAAGAGAAACUCGUGUGAUAUGAGUUCCACCAAUUUCGAUGUGGAAGGAAACAGACAAAUGGAAAUUUGGGAAAACACCGAGCUGGGGAGAGCAGCCGGAGAAAGAAUAGAAAGAUGGGCCAGCAGUAAUCGGAGAGAUGGGCCAAGGCAAAAGAUCAUAACGUGUCAGGAUGUGGUACUCGAGUGUGUCCAGAUGAAUGUUGCCCGGUUUAUUGAGCUGAAAGUCACAUUUUGUAAGUCGCUUAACAUUUGCCUUACUCGGCAUUUGAGUGCUCGGCUAAGAUGGAAUAUGUACACUGGGCGAGCAAUUUCAGAAUGGUUCGUAUUCGUGUUCUUCCAUGUUCCAGUUUGA